CCGGCGUCCCCAACGAGAAGAUCGCCACAUGGCUCCAGGACUGCAGAACGCCUCUGGGAGCCUCCCUGGAUGAGCAAAGCAAUCCUCUGCUGAAGGGCAUGCUGGUGAGGAAUGGAGGAAGUUUUGAAGAUGACUUAUCCUUGGGAGCCGAAGCUAAUCACCUACGGAGCGACACCCCGAUGGAAGCAUGCAAUGGUAUGUUGGCGAAGGAGAGGAGACUGCAGUUUCACCAGAAGGGGAGAAGUAUGAACUCCACGGGGUCUGGAAAAAGCAGUGCAACCGUUUCAAGUGUUUCUGAAUUACUGGAGCUUUACGAGGAAGACCCAGAAGAAGUGCUCUAUAACCUUGGGUUUGGAAGAGAUGAACCAGAUAUUGCCUCAAAAAUUCCAGCAAGAUUUUUUAAUUCAUCAUCAUUUGCUAGAGGAAUAGACAUCAAAGUGUUUUUGAAUGCCCAAAUGCAGCGCAUGGAAGUGGAAAAUCCAAACUUUGCUUUAACAAGUCGCUUUCGCCAGAUUGAAGUGCUUACUACUGUGGCCAACGCCUUUUCCUCUUUAUACUCUCAAGUCUCCGGGACUCCGCUGCAGAAAAUCGGCAGCAUGAACUCGGUGUCCUCCAGCAAGGAGGCGCCCAGCCCUCCGCCCCUGACCCGCAGCAACACAGCCAGCCGCCUGAUGAAGACGCUGUCCAAGCUCAACCUGUGCGGCGCUCAGCAGCCCGACGGGGGCGGCGCCUCGACGCCGUCGCCCGUCGACAAAGGGAAGGGCCCCGCAGAGCCCGGCGGUGAGGAAAACGAUGCUAAAAACGAUCCUAAAUUGCCAAAACACUCCAAAAAGAAAGACUCGCCCUCUUUGUUGGCUACUGUCAGGGAGGAGAUGGCUGCUAAUCAGACAAAUACUGCGGACGUGCACAAACCUGCGGAGCUUCCUGCUGGAGCUGAUGAUGUGCAGGAGAGYGCUGUGCCAUACAGCAAGCAGGCAAGCUCCCAGCACAGCCCGUGUGAGGAAUCUCCUCUUUUGGACUCUCCCAACCUCAGCAGCGAUUCCAGCGCCUCUAGUGAGUCUGAAAGUAGCACUCAGGUGCAAAGACCUCCCACGACAUCGCCAGGCAAAGAGCCCUGUGCUCCCAUAGCCAAUCCAUCCAUAAUGAAUCUCAUGCUGCCGCAGAAGGACUCCUUUGAGAUGGAAGAGAUCCAGAGCACAGAGGGAGACCUACCGCACGUUCCUGCUUCCCACCAGCUGGUAGUGGCCAAGUCAAGGAAGGAUCAGUUGUUACGGACUGCAAGCCAGCACUCUGAUAGCAGCGGCUUCGCGGAGGACUCCUCCACGGAUUGCUUCUCCUUUAACCACCUGCAGGUUCAGGAGCCCUUGCAGGGCAUGGGGAGCAGCGCGGACAGCUGUGACAGCGAGACCACGGUGACGUCGCACAGCGAGGAGCAGAGGACGCCCGUAGCCAAGGAGCCGCUCUUUUUCAAUAAGUUUGAGGAGGAGGAAGAGGAGGAGGAAGAGGAAGAUGAGGAGGAUGAUGAGGARGAAGAGGAUGUUCUCUCUGAAAUGGAGAGACGAGAGGUAGAGGCACCUUCUGAGAACAGAAGGAAAGACAGUAAAAGCGUUUCUGACUUUGAAACUGAACAAAUGCAAGGAGAAAGCAAAUCAUCUCAUACACCAGAGACAGUUCAAGCAGAAGUCAGCUCCAAAGGGGAAGGUGUUUCCAGUGAGCAGGAAGAGCUGGAGCUACCGGAGGAAGGCAGCGAUGACAGCGACCUUGACAAAAGCAGCGCGUUUGAAUUUCCUGAGUACCAAACACACCAUAUUCUCAAGUCAGCAGAAUCUCUUGAAGCUGGUGACUCGUUGCCUUCCUCCGUGGACAGGGUGCACGUGGCGCUGCACAGGGCCCAGAUGAAGAUCGUGGGCACGUCGGAUUCCAGGGCAGGCCGCCCCCUGCUGAAAUCAAAGGACCUCCUCAGGAAGCAGAGGUGCUGGUUUGCCGAGUCGGGCUACCCGCUAAGGCGGUCGCAGUCCCUGCCAGCUGCCCUGCUGAACCCAGUGAAGGUGGUGUCCUCUGUGAACGUSCAGCUAGCUCCAGGAAAAGAGACUCUGUGCAGUCCUCCUUCUUUUACCUACAAGUACACCCCCGUGGAGGAUAAGGAGAACCUGACAUCGGAGAAGGACAGGUCGGAGGAUGAGCCAGCUGCCAGUCAGCCUGUGUGCAAAUCCACCCUGUUCAUUGCUCCUUCGUCCUCCAAGAGGGAAGUGUCCCAGGGCGGGCCCGGCAGGCUGCCCGAGGAGCCCGCUCACGGCAGGGUGCAGAGCUGCCCGCUGCACAUCCCUGCACACAUGUCCCAGUCGGCCUGUUCCCUCCACUCGCUUCCCUCCGAGUGGCAGGACAGGCCGCUGUGCGAGCACAUGAGGACGCUGAGCACCCACAGCGUCCCCAGCCUGUCGGGCUCCUCCUUCGGCGCCGCGCUCUCGCCCUUCGGCUGCCCCUUCUCUCCCAGGCUCGCUGGCUAUUCCCACCGCCCUCACGCCAUCCAUCCACCCUCCACCGUGGAGAUGCAGCUGCGCCGAGUCCUGCACGACAUCAGAAACUCUCUGCAGAACCUCUCUCAGUACCCAGUGAUGAGAGGCCAUGAUCUUUCAGCGGCCACCAGUUACACUACUCAGAGAUCAUCCAUUCUACCUCUGUAUGAAAAUACUUUCCAGGAGCUACAAGUGGUGAGGCGAAAUCUGAACUUAUUCAGAACCCAAAUGAUGGAUUUGGAAUUGACCAUGUUACGUCAACAGACCACAGUCUAUCAGCACAUGACUGAAGAGGAAAGAUAUGAAGCUGAUCAGCUGCAGAGCUUGAGGAAGUCUGUCCGCAUGGAGCUGCAGGAGCUAGAAAUGCAGCUAGAAGAACGUCUGCUUGCUUUGGAAGACCAGCUGAGGAGUCUGCACAUGUCUUCACCUUACAGACCUCAGGCACAUAUGGGUAUGUAUGGUAGCAGAAGUGCUGAUAAUCUUUCAUGCCCUUCUCCACUGAAUGUCAUUGAACCAGUCUCCGAACUUAUUCGAGAGCAGUCAUUUCUGAAGUCUGAAUUGGGUUUAGGACUGGGAGAUCUUGGACUGGAAACUCUGCCAGCAGAGGGUUCAGAGUCUGUGUUCUCUCAUGGAAACUCUGAUUCUUCUUCAGUGUGCUCGAGUCAUGCAAGUAGGAAAGCUGGUGGUGGAUCCUCUGAGCUAACAGGAAAGCCUAAGAGUCAAAGCAAGAAGUUAUACCGAGCCUCAGUUGCCUUAACGCCRACUCCCCCUGUGAGAGCAGGUGCUGGACAGCAAGCAGAAAGCGCCGAGGAGCUGGUGGACUCCAAGUCAGAGGUGGAACACAGCAAACUUGAAAAAGUUCCGCUAGUGCCUUCAGUUGAUGAAAUCCACAAGAGUGUGGAGCAGGAGGAGCUGCAGCAGGUCAUACGAGAGAUCAAGGAAUCUAUUGUUGGUGAAAUACGACGGGAAAUAGUAAGUGGGUUGUUAGCAGCUGUAUCGUCUCCGAGCAGAUCUGCAACUGCAAAGCAAGAUUCACAGCCAUGAAACAGUGCUACAGGUUGGAUGUGGUCCGAAAUGCUGUGGAAUUCUGCUUUGGGCRGCAUGCACUGGUGAAAGUGUCCAGCUCUUCUUGCUUCAGGAGAUGUUAAAGCUGCUGAGAUAGGCUACUGUAGUCAACGCUUGGUUCUCCGAUGCAUACUUUCUCUUGAGUUCAUAUAUAAAGCCUUAGACACUUUAACUAGUUUAUUACUUUCCAUAAAGCAUCAGCAAAACUGUGGCUAUCCAAAAGGUUUUGUAUUUAUUUGUAUGUCCCUGUUGUAAAUUUUUAUGUAGCUAAUUUCUGUAGUGAUGUAUCAUGAAACUUGAAGAUUUCCAGACUUAAACAAUUUAUAAAUAACACACAAAUAUUCAGCCUAGCUUUUUAAAAAACAAACAAAAACACUGACCUCUAUGAGGUAUUUAUUGUGCAAUAACUGAUCCACUUUGAGAGCUUGAAACAACCAAUAAUUGUUUCCACUGCUGUUACKUAGUGCCACUUCAAAAGAAGGAAAAAUCCUGUUGUAAAAAUUGCUGUUAAUUCUUGGGGAGGUUACUAUUAGCAGAGUGGUAGAAUGACAUGAGGUUACUUAAAACUACUUAAAGUUCUGACACUGAACGCCUUAUCUUUGUGUAGAGACAACUUUUAACUAAUUUUAUUUGCUUCCUUACUGUUUGUUUGCCCCUCAUUCUGUGGAAAAGUGCCUUAUUUUUAAGCCUUUGUUGCAGUUAUAUCAAGAGAAGUUCUCUCUUCUGCUUUAUAUUAACAGAAUACAAUGGAAGUCCUGAUAUUCUGAAAGCAAUUAGGAUGUAUAAUUUGGAAUGGCUGAAUGACCUUGCUUGUAUUAUGGGGAAAAUGGAAACAUUUCUUUUCCUUCCUCAUCCUUCACUGAUUCUAUUUUCAGUUAGCCUAGUGAACAUGUGUUUGUUCCGAUGGAGAAAAUUGGAAGUCAUUGGAGGUUUAUGUGGUCAAGUAGACAUUUAGCAGAUAUGUAAUAUCCCAUCUGACUGUGCUUGGAAUUUCUUUUUUCCUCCU